AUGACUGACCAAGCGAAAUGGCAAGCUCUUAUGAAGUGGACGAUGAAGCAUACAGAUGGCACAACGCCGAGUGUCGCUACACCAAUCUCGGAGGAUAAACGCCGUUUCUUAGAAAUGGUCAUGAACGAAGGCGUGAUUGACGAGACCGAGCGUAUCAAAGAUAUAUUGCGUAUAAUGGAGGGCGAGGACCCGCGUCUUGUGUUUGCUGCCGCGGACGGCACUGUCGCUACUGAUAGUGAUGAUUCAUCACCCGAGGAAUUAGAUCAGUAUAAAGACACGUUGCUUGAGGAGCUGCUAACGCGUAUCGAUCAAAUUGACAAUGCUCAGAAUUUCGUUAAGAUGGGUGGUUUACGCGUAAUGACAAAUGUCAUUCAAAAAUACACUCAAGCUUCGUCUCGCGCAUUAGCAGCCGAGGUAUGCUCCAUUGUAGUCCAAAAUAAUCCAAUUUGUCAGGAUGCAGCUGUAGACUUUGGUCUAUUAGAAGUGCUGUGCACUUUAGCUCGCGAGGAUAACGAUAUGACGUGCCGUGUCAAAGCUCUGCUUGCCAUUUCAUGUCUCGUCCGUCACCAUAAUGCCGCAGAGAAGAGAUUUCUUGGAGAAAUCUGCAAAGGCCUUGAUCUUUUGCGUCAGAAUCUCGAAAAUGCCACGGAUAUCCGGCUCCAACGUAAAUCAUUGUUCUUUUUGCGCUAUUUGAUGCGCAACAAUCGCGCUACAGCAGAUCAAGUGUUACAAAUGGAUUUUUUUGUCCAGUCCGUUGCAGCGUUUAUUAAUCUUAAGGAUAUUGAUUUGUGCGAGAGCGCCGUGGAAGGAUUGGCAGAGUUUGCUCUGGUUGGUCCUGACUAUGUAGCAAAAUGUAAGAAAUCCGAGUAUGGUCUCAUUGCGAAAUGCAAAGAGUGUAUCGAGCAGAUUGAAGCACUUGAGGGUGAGGACAAGGAGAUAGCACAAGAGACCAAAGACCGAGUGCAACACUUGAUAAAACUAUUAACUGAUAACUGA